AUGUCCAAAACGGACUCCGAAUACCGAUUUUCUAUACUUGCUUCCUCUUCUGAUGCUACUCAGAUCUCUAGUCUACCUAUUCAUCUUACUUCCAGAAAGAUUCUCGUGAUUGACUCGAUUCUGUCCGGAAACAGAAUCGCCGAAAAGAACUUCUACCGAGAUAUCUUAAAUCCCCUUUUUGUACUUUUAGAUAUAUCCUCAGAUUACAUUGAAACCACUUCCUCUACCAGUGUUUCUGACCAGGCUCACUCUUUACAGUCCGGCACUGCCUAUUUGGUGAUAAUCAUCUCCGGCGAUACUUCUCUCAACGAGUUUGUCAAUUGUGUUCGCAAAGAUUCAGACGUUGCUUUUCUAACGGUUGCUCAGGGUACAGGCAAUGCAUUUGCCAACUCAAUCGGGUUGUCUACUGGCUUAGAUACUGUAAAGUCAUUAUUACUUGGAACCUACCAUAAUUUCCACCUCUAUAGAUCUCAGUUCGAUCCUCCCGGAUCUCUUAUCGACGAAGAAGAUCACACGAUUCGAACAGUUCGCUCAUUACUCUUCUUUGUGGUUGGCUCAUGGUGUCUACACUCCACAUUAGUGGCAGAUUCCUCUUCCGCAGAGAUGAGACGCAAAUAUGGUCAGCUACGCUUUCAUAAAGCUGCUGAAUCUAUUCUCAAGCAAAAUCCGGAUUUCGUUGGAUCCAUAAUCACUCACCAUAAAGACCGAUCGUUUUCAGUGAUUGAAUCAAAAACGAAUCUCUCCUAUUUCAUAGUAACGGCUUUACCGAGGUUUGAGCCAACCUUCCUAAUCUCUCCUAACUCUCUUCCUCAGUCGCAUCAACUACAUCUUCUCUACUUCCCUCAUACUACUCCCGAGUCAACCAUGGAAAUAAUGAAUCAGGCCUACAGUAAUGGCUCUCAUAUCAGUAAUCCAUUGGUCAGAUAUCUUGCUAUUGAUUCUGGAGAUUUCGUGACUCUUCAACUUGACGAUUCCAUAACUUCCGACUCUUUUUCAAAGAUCUGUAUCGAUGGAAACAUAAUUUUGAUGAAUGGUAAAGGCAGGACUGUCACAUUUGACUGUGUCGAGAGUAAUCUACUCUAUAUACGGUAA